AUGCUGCCACCUUUUGGUGAAUACAGCUUGCUCUCAAGGCCCAACAUUCAGAGAGCUUUGGCGCAGUGUGGGCAGCACCUUGCUGUCAAUGUCAAUAAGCUGUGCCCCCCUCUUGUGAAUAAUGAACAAUGGGUGACUGGGUGGUUCAAUGCUGUCAAGCUCCACUUGACUGGCACUCUUGAAGCUCAUGCUGCCAGCCAAACACCAUACAUGGAAGAUCUUGCAAAAGUGAUCAUCAGCAUCAUCCAGUAUGUCAUUGACUGGAUGAUCCUGUAUGACAAAUGGGACCUUCCAUUCGACUUCAAACUCAUACCUUGUGUCUUUGUCAACCAGCUCACCCUCCACAUUGGCCAUUUCUUCAUUCAGAAGCCCAAUAGUCCUCUCACUCGUGCUAAGCUCAUUUCUUCCUCUCAACACUCCAUGGAUCUUGAGAAAUGGGAUUAUUCCAUACCCUUGCCCAGCAACUGGACAAUGAAGAGGACCUUGUUGCAACUGAGAGCAAGGCAGAGCAUAACACUAAAGGCUGCUGAUCUCAACAACAUUGAUCAGCCAGAGUGGAAAUUGAGAAGAAUGGUCCAGCAUUUGUACUUUGCACCAACAAGUGAGCUUGCCAUGGUUGCUGAGUUUGAAUGGGUGAAUGGAAGGGGGUCAACUGUGUGUGCCAGAGGUGGGAAGACAUGCACUGUGUGCAUUGCAGGGGGCACCCAGGGUCAUCUCAUCAACAAGACACAACCUCAAGAUACUAUUGACUCACUAAUCAAGCAGCAUUGGUUCACAGGCAGGUCGGAUUUGCCUGGGAAUUUACCAGCUGAAAACUGGAAUGCCCCCAACUAUGAGGGGUUAAUCAAUGUGAAAGGUACCAAGCAGCUCUCAAGGACAAAGGUCUUCAGGAACAUGCCCACUGUUCCCUUCUAA